UGGAGGGCGAGAUGACGCAUGCGCAGAACUUUCCUGUGCGUCCGCUCCGCGGAUUCUCCACAGACAGCGCCAGGACCCCUUCGCGCCUGCCUCGUUCUGGGCCGAGAGGCGUCGUGUGCGCAGGCGCCGCUCUCGGAGGGAUCAUGGCGGCGGCGCUGCUGCUGCUGGUUUCGCUCCGCCGCCGGCCGGGCCGAUGGCGGCUCCAGGCUGCGGGAUCCGGCUGGGGGCUCCGGCCAGUCGCCGCCGCUGCCGCUGGGCUCGGGGACAGGCGGUUCUGCUGCUCCUCGGGCGGUCCUGCUGGGGCUGGCGGCCCAGUCCUACAGAGUUUACUUUUGAGGACAUUGUCUCCUACCUUUCAAGGAAUCAGAGGACUGCUGUUGAAACAACAUCUAAUUCAGAAUCCAGUCAGACUCUGGAAACUUUUAGGUGGUACUUCUUAUUUUAGUACCUCCAGGAUGAAGCAAAAGAAUAAGGAGAAAGAAAAAUCCAAGGAAAAAAUACCAGAAGAUGAUGAAGAGGAAAAGAAACGGAAAGAACGGGAAGAUCAGAUGUAUCGUGAACGAUUACGGACCUUAUUUGUCAUUGCUGUUAUCAUGAGCCUGCUGAACUCUCUAAACAUUAGUGUGGCUAGCAUUUCCUGGAGCGACUUUGUGAAUGAGAUGCUGGCAAAGGGGGAAGUGCAACGGGUCCAGGUGGUGCCAGAGAGCGAUGUAGUGGAAAUCUAUCUGCACCCAGGAGCUGUUGUAUUUGGCCGACCUCGGUUUACCUUGAUGUACCGGAUGCAGGUUGCAAAUAUUGACAAAUUUGAAGAGAAGCUGCGAGCUGCUGAAGAUGAACUGAACAUUGAAAGCAGAGACCGGAUUCCAGUCUCCUACAAACGGACAGGCUUCUUUGGAAAUGCACUUUAUGCCCUGGGAAUGACAGCUGUGGGUGUGGGCAUAUUAUGGUGCAUUUUCCGCCUUGCUGGGAUGACAGGAAGGGAAGGGGGAUUCAGUGCUUUUAAUCAAUUGAAAAUGGCUCGCUUCACUAUUGUGGAUGGAAAGCUUGGGAAGGGGAUCAGCUUCAAAGAUGUAGCAGGAAUGCAUGAAGCCAAAUUAGAGGUCAAAGAGUUUGUGGAUUAUCUAAAGAGUCCAGAGCGUUUUCUCCAGCUUGGUGCAAAAGUCCCAAAGGGUGCUUUAUUGCUUGGACCCCCAGGUUGUGGAAAAACUUUGUUGGCCAAGGCUGUAGCUACAGAAGCCCAAGUACCAUUCCUGGCAAUGGCUGGUUCAGAGUUUGUGGAAGUGAUAGGAGGUCUUGGAGCUGCUCGAGUUCGGAGCCUGUUUAGAGAAGCCCAGAACCGGGCCCCUUGUAUUGUGUACAUUGAUGAAAUUGAUGCUGUGGGCAAGAAACGAUCUACCACGAUGUCGGGAUUCUCCAACACGGAGGAAGAACAGACUUUAAACCAGCUUCUGGUUGAAAUGGAUGGAAUGGGAACUACAGAUCAUGUCAUAGUGUUGGCUUCUACCAAUCGAGCUGAUAUUUUGGAUAAUGCGUUGAUGAGACCAGGGAGACUUGACCGACAUAUUUUUAUUGAUCUCCCUACAUUACAGGAAAGAAGGGAAAUAUUUGAACAGCAUCUGAAGAGUCUGAAGCUGACCCAGACUGGUAGUUUUUAUUCCCAACGCCUAGCAGAGCUCACGCCUGGGUUUAGCGGAGCUGACAUUGCAAAUAUAUGUAAUGAAGCUGCUCUACAUGCUGCAAGAGAAGGACACAAAUCAAUUGAUACAUUUAAUUUUGAAUAUGCUGUGGAGCGAGUAAUUGCAGGCACUGCCAAAAAAAGCAAGAUUCUGUCCAAGGAGGAGCUAAGGAUUGUGGCUUUUCACGAGUCAGGCCAUGCUUUGGUUGGCUGGCUGCUGGAGCACACAGAGGCAGUGAUGAAGGUAUCCAUAGCACCAAGGACAAAUGCUGCCCUGGGAUUUUCUCAGAUCCUCCCCAAAGACCAGUAUCUCUUUACUAAGGAGCAGCUAUUUGAACGGAUGUGCAUGGCUUUGGGAGGCCGAGUGUCUGAAGCCAUUUCUUUUAAUAAGGUUACAUCAGGGGCACAGGAUGAUUUAAGGAAAGUCACUAAAAUAGCCUAUUCCAUGGUGAAGCAAUUUGGGAUGGUGCCUAGUAUUGGCCCUAUUUCCUUCCCUGAACAGCAGGAGAGCACAUCAGGCAUAGGGCGACGACCCUUUAGCCAAGGGCUUCAACAAAUGAUGGAUCAUGAAGCAAAACAGCUGGUGGCUAAAGCAUACAGGCACACAGAGAAAGUACUGCUGGAAAACCAAGCCAAAUUGCAUUCGCUGGCUGAUGCUUUGUUGGAGAAGGAAGUGAUAAACUAUGAGGACAUCGAGGCCUUGAUCGGGCCACCUCCCCACGGGCCCAAAAAAAUGAUCACCCCACAGAAGUGGAUCGAUGCAGAGCGUGAGCGGCAGGGCCCGGAGGAGGAUGAGCCACCCCCCGCCCGGCACCCCCGUGACGAGGACCUGGACGAGGAUGAGCCAACCCAGCCAAAGUAGUCUGCAUGCUGCCCACGGGCAUCCCCUUCAGUGACCUGGGUUUGCAGCUCCUGUGUCCAAACCUCACCCUGACCCCCUGACAUCGCAUCAAGGACACUGGGCAACCUCCCCAGCUGCAGGUCUGAGCUGCCCUCAUUCGGCAGCCAUCAGUAAAUCCCUUUGCAGGGAAUUUGGGGUUUUUAUGUCUUUUCCCCUACGGGGACACUCCCCAUCACAGAUGUUGCAUAUCACCUAGAGGUUUAUAAACACUCAUGUUGAGAACAUAGAGGAGGGCAGACCUGUUGUCCAUGGAGAGCAGUGGUCACAUUCUUAGGAAUCACAUGUCUACCUGACAGUCAGUAUAUGACCUUUCCCCUGGUUCUUCUGACUCUCUCACAAUAAAUAAUGAAAGGACUCUACCACUCCAUAGAUCUGGUAAUUUAUUAUAUUUUUUAACUGGGAGCCUUCUCAUUCUGUCAUCUGGUAGGUAAAUAAACUAGCUUACAAUAUGGGAAAUGAAAGAAAGCAAAUUUAUGGGAUUAAAAUAUCUUUACUUGAUGCUAUUUAACUGAAUACCAUGUUUACAGAGAUAAUUCUUAAUGCUUUAUUUUCAAAGUAUUUAUGACACCAUGUUAUUUACUACCUGGGAGAACUGUUGUAAUGUUUGUUUAAUAAAUUUUGGAGGCUGACAUCCA